UCUAUGAAAGGAUAAUGCCUAACAUUUCCUAAUAUAUUUGCUGCUAGAGAGAUGGUUUGGAUGCGAUGAAUUUCUGGCCCCUUAAAGCCAUAGGAUUCUUUGAUAGAAGACAGCAGACCCAUAGGUAAUAUAUAAAUAUAGAUGUUUACCAUGGCAUCGGUGACACCAUCGUUGACCUUCAGGGAGUUCUGCCCCUUGUACUACCUUCUCAAUGCCAUUCCCACAAAGAUCCAAAAGGGAUUUCGUUCUAUUGUGGUAUACCUCACCGCGCUCGACACCAAUGGGGACUACAUUGCUGUCGGCAGCAGUAUUGGAAUGCUGUAUCUGUACUGCAGGCACUUAAACCAGAUGAAAAAAUACAAUUUUGAGGGGAAAAAUGAAUCUAUUACUGUCGUGAAACUUCUGAGCUGCUUUGAUGAUCUUGUUGCCGUUGGAACCGCUUCGGGCAAGAUUGCUGUUUUUCAGCUUGUCUCUUCAUUGCCUGGGAGAAACAAACAACUUCGUAGGUUUAAUGUGUCUGGUUUCCACAAAAGUAGCAUCACAGCCUUGGCAUGGAGUCCUAAUGGAAUGAAAUUAUUCUCUGGCGAUGACAAAGGAAAAAUAGUCUAUUCUGCUUUGGAUCUAGAUCAGGGUCUUUGCCACUCCAGUUUGGUACUGGAAGAACCAUCUUCAGUUGUGCAGCUAGAUUAUAACCAGAAAGUGUUGCUGGUCUCCACUUUACAGCGAAGUCUCCUUUUUUAUACGGAACAAAAGUCUGUCAAGCAAGUUGGAACCCAACCCAGAAAAAAUACUGGUAAACUUGGAGCGUGUUUUAUCCCUGGGUUGUGUAAGCAAAGUGAUCUAACACUGUUUGCUGCGAGGCCUGGGAUCCGCCUUUGGAAAUCGGAUGUCCAUGGAAUUGUUCAAGCCACAUUUAUUUUGAAAGAUGUAUUUGCUGCUGGAAUGAAGCCUUUUGAAUUGUAUCCUCGAGUGGAACCCUUAAACAAGAGCAGCUCUAAUUUCCCGGAGAGGCAACUUGGACUCAUUUCCUGCUUUUUCCAGGAAGGUUGGGUGCUGAGCUGGAAUGAAUAUAGCAUUUAUUUAUUAGACACAAUAAACCAGACUAUGAUUGGCAGCUUGGAAGGAUCUGGUGAUAUUGUGUCUGUGUCCUGUACCGAAAAUGAGAUUUUCCUCUUAAAGGGGGACAGGGAUAUCAUUAGGAUCUCAAGCAGACCUGAAGGAUUGGGGUCAAUAGAUACGGAUUCAAAAUUGAUGAGCCCGUCACCUGACCUGAGUCCAAAAUUGCAGAGCCCACACUCAGUAGUUGUAUCUCUGCCCUCUAAUCCUUCUCCAGAAGUAAACCCCAAAUUCCCUUCAGCCCAAACUCGUGGUGAUAAAAAUGGCUCCGUAGGUAGAACUGACCUGGAAGUAACACUACUUGCAGAGAAAAUUCGCUCUCAGAGCUUCGAUGGACUGGGGGACUUGAGCACUGACCCGAGAAGAAGAGGCUACUCAUUACCAAAUGAACCAAGAAGUAGGAGCAGCUCCAUGAAUUCUGUGGACAGUGGCUCUAGUUUCUUGACCAGCAGCGAUCAAACCUCAUCAGAAGUUCAGAGAGAAGGUCAGGUUUCUUCACAGCGGUUCAGUCUGAUUAGCUCUGAAGAUUUUAAUCAGGAAUUCAUUGUCAAACCCAUCAAAGUGAAAAAGAAGAAGAAGAAAAGACCAGAAAAUGGAACCAGGAGAAUUCCCAGCUCUCUGGAAAGCUCACCAUGUUAUGAGCAGCAAGGCUUCGCUGAGAGCCCUCAGUCCUUAUAUGCAGAUUCCCUCUCCGUUAAUUCUGGCCUGGCGGGCAGCAUCGUGGACCGCUUAAGCACGAGUUCUGCAGACCAGGAAAGCGUAUUCAGUGCAGAAUCCCAACACGUGUUGCGUGAAGAAAAUGGCUCUGAAACGUUCAGUGUUCUUCAGUCUCCCGAGUCGGUAGCUGCUCUCACGCCAGAGGACAAUGACAGUGCGCCUGAGCUGCUGAAGUUUUCUAAUGGGGAGAGCGAAGUGGGCGGGUCGUCUACCGUGGACUCCUUGACGUCCGGUUCCCCCUCGCUUCUCACAGAAGACAAAGUGGGGAGUGCCGACAUUGAGCCGAUCUGGAGCCUUCUGUCUGGGCGAACUGAAGCCAGCUCAACGCAGCCGUCCCAAGACGAAGAGUUUCCUCCCCCCUGUAAAACGGACGACACCUUAGAUAAAUUGGUUCUUCUGGGUACUUCAGAUUCUGUGGAAGAGACAAGCCCUGAGAAAGGGAUGUCUGUAAAUGUGGGAACGGCCUCUAGUGCUGGGGAAUCACUUGGCCAGGAUGUGGGUGUAGAGACCCACACAAAGCAGGAGCCACAGGAACUUCUAAUGGACCCGAUCCCCUCCAAUCUCACUGUUUCUCCUCCUGCCCUUUCCAGAGAAGAGGCAUGUCUUCAAGAGAGUGCGUUACCUGGGCAGGAUUUCUGGGGGACAUUCAAAGCUGAAACCAGCACGAACCCUGCCAGCGCAUUGAUAAGCAGCACCCAUGACACUGGAGCUGAGAGAUCUGCGUCAAGUGAUGAAGAGGAUAUCUAUGGGCACAGCUUGCCUUACUCCUCUUCAGAGACUAGUGUGGCAGAAAUGGGAGUCUGCCUACCUCCCCAGGAUAAAGUCAGAACAAACAUAGAAGAGGGAGUGCUUUUAAAGUCCGACCAGUUUGCAGAGAGCUGGAUGGGCUACGCAGGUCCUGGCUAUGGAAUACUGAGCCUGGUUGUCUCCGAUAAAUACAUUUGGUGCCUGGAUUACAAAGGCGGCCUGUACUGUAGUGCUUUACCUAGUGCUGGUCUGCGUUGGCAGAAGUUUGAAGAUAAUGUCCAGCAGGUGGCAGCCUCUCCUUCAGGGACUCUUCUCUGGAAAGUUGAACAAAAAACCAAUAAAGCCUUUGCCUGUGGAAAAGUAACAAUAAAAGGGAAACGUCACUGGUACGAAGCUUUACCCGAAUCGGCUUUUGUAUCUUUGAGUGAUGACACUGCCUGGAUUAUUCGAACGAAUGGAGAUCUGUAUCUGCAAACAGGCCUGAGUGUGGAUCGUCCCUGUGCCAGAGCAGUAAAGGUGGAGUGUCCGUAUCCGCUAUCGCAGGUUACAGCCAGAAAUAACGUUGUCUGGGCAUUGACUGAGCAGCGGGCGCUUCUCUACCGUGAGGGUGUGAGCAGCUUCUGCCCUGAAGGGGAGCAGUGGAAAUGCGACAUCAUCAGUGAAAUGCAAGCUCUGGAACCGGUGUGUGUCACUCUUGGAGACCAACAGACCAUUUGGGUUUUGGACAUCCAUGGGAAUCUGUGGUUCAGAGCAGGUGUCGUUUCAAAGAAGCCGCAAGGGGACGAUAACCACUGGUGGCAAGUAAGCAUUACCGAUUAUGUCGUGUUUGACCAGAGCAGCCUUUUCCAGACCAUAAUCCAGGCUACCCAGACAGUAGCCACAGUAGCCCAGGCCCCGGUUGAGAAGGUAGCCGACAAACUCCGCACAGCUUUCUGGUCACAGCAGCUUCAGUGUCAGCCGAGCCUCCUUGCGGUCAGCAGCAGCGGCGUCUGGAUCUCCUCUGGAAAGAACGAGUUUCACGUAGCUAAAGGAAGCCUCGUAGGUACAUAUUGGAAUCACGUUGUGCCUCGUGGAACUGCUUCGGGCACAAAAUGGGCUUUUGUGUUGGCUUCUGCAGCUCCAACGAAAGAAGGAAGCUUUCUGUGGCUGUGUCAAAGUAACAAGGACCUAUUUUGUGUCAGUGAUCGAAACCCUCAGUUCCAUCCUUCGACAGUUCAGCUACCCUCUGAAGGCGAAAUGGUAUACUAUUCGGCCUGCCAGGAUGCCAUAUGGAGCUUGGAUAGUCUGGGCCGAGUCUUCAUAAGGACACUUUCGCCUAAUUGCCCAACUGGGAUGCACUGGACCAGACUGGACCUUGCUCAGUUAGGUGCUGUGAAACUUAGAAGCUUAGCAUGUGGAAAUCAGCACAUCUGGGCCUGUGAUAGUUGUGGCGGCAUCUACUUCCGGGUUGGAACGCAGCCUCUGAACCCAAGUUUGAUGCUGCCUGCAUGGAUAAUGAUUGAGCCGCCCAUCCAGCCGGUUGGAGUCAACCUGAUUAGUGUCUACUCGAGUCCUAAUGAUCAGAGCCUGUGGGCGAUUGACAACAGAUGGAACGUUCAUGUACGCAUUGGGAUUACUGAGGAGAUGCCUGUAGGCACGGAUUGGGAACAGGUUCCAGGGCUUCAGGCAUGUGAGCUGGCGAUAAGCACGAGGACUGUUUGGGCGCGCUGCCCUAAUGGGGAUGUUGCACGGCGGUACGGCAUCACUGACAAAAAUCCUGCGGGAGACUAUUGGAAGAAGAUUCCUGGGAAUGUUGCUUGUUUGACAGUUACUCCUCUAGAUGAAUUGUGGGGAGUUGGUCCUUCUGGAUAUCUCCUUCAGCGUCUCACAAAGACUUUCCAUCAUUCUCACACCUUACAGAAACAGAGCGAUGCAUCUAUGUCGUUUCACUGUGAUGAUUUUGAAGAUGAGUGGGAAGUAAUAUGACAUCCUCGAGGAUGUAGAACAGUAAUAAAGCAAGAAAACAUGCUUGGAAAUCCUGUUACACGCCAAAUGCCAGGCUUUUAAAGCCACCGACAUUUGACAACAUUAGCACUUUGGUAUAUAAAAACUUGACUUGUCCAAUAACCCCCAAAUUGUGUAGUGAGGUGUCUUGUUUCAGUAUCUCUCAGGUGAGAUGGGCAACGUGGCUUAAAGAAAUUGUGAACUUGUCAUUAUUGUAGUGGUUCUAUUUUGAAAUAUAACGUAUCAAUUUAACCUCAUUAGCAGCAAAGCUAUUUUGCUCUAGCAUGCAAACUAAUAUCUGUCUACAUUGGGAAGGACUUCUAUUCCAUUAGCUAUUUCUCAACAGCAGAAAUAUUUGUAAAGUUUCUUCUUGUGCUUCUUUUAGUUUGCCCUUCAGAGAAAACAAAAAUAUGUGAUAUUUCUCAGUAGAAAGUCAAAUUGAUGUGCAGUUUGGUGUUGAGUUGAAAAUCUUUUAGGAUAAUUUUAAUUGUGACUUCCUUGACUCCACUAAACCUUUGCUAUGUGGUGAGCUAAUUCCACUCAUUGCUGGGGAGUUUAAAUUCAUCCCAUUCUUGUCUAAAACAUUAGUUCUCCUUAUGCAUACAUCAGGACAUUAAUGGCUUUUGUUCCACAGACACCUAAGAGAGCAUUUAGUAAGUCAGGCUUGUAAAAUAAUAGUGGCUUUGUGGGUGACAUUUAACACCACACUUAACCUGACUGAACUGUGCCUGUAACCAGAGCAGACUCUAAAUUUCCUUUUUGUACCAUAAUUUAGAAUGAAAACGGGGGGGGGGGGGGGAAGUGCUAAUAAAGAAAUGUAUCCCAUAAGAGAGUCUCCUGGUAUUCGUCAGGAUUUGUCUUCGCAAUGGUCAAUUUUUAGCUACAUUAGCUAAAUCUUGCAGUGUCUUAUAUUUGAGAUGUUUACAGCACAGAUACUUUAUAAUCUACUAAGCACUGCAGCUUAUAUUUCAUGAAGACUAAUUUUCUUAAAAAACAACUAUAAGAGAAAAUGUAUCUUCCAGCAACUUAGGCUCAUAAUAUUUUUUUAAGUAUAUAUUUAUUUGAGGCAUCCUUGGAAUGUUUUAAACAGCUGCUAAUGAAUCUGCAAAUGAGCCAACUUCCAUGGGGAAUAGAGAGCUGGUGAAUGUGAGGUGGAGGUAAAGGGACGUGGUUUUUCCCCUUCUUAAACUGCCCUAUGCUAGAUUUGUGGGGAGAACUCAUGCAAGCCGGGAACACAGAUUCUCUCUGCCUAUUGAGAAAUAAUUUGGGUCACUAUACAGACCUGUUUUGCAACAGCACUUGCAUAAUUUGUGCUCAGUUGUCGGUCUACUCUUUCAGUUUAGGGUGACUAGGAGGUCAUAUUUGUUUCCCUCUGAGAGCUGAUCUGUUUUGCUUGAUCUCUUCCCUCGUCUAUAUAUGGAGCUGGCCUCAGAGUUUCCUUUUUUAGUCCACCAUUGGAUUGUGACCAACUCAGCUUCUGAAGUUUACCUAGUUCGCUUAGCAGGCUGUUUUGAGGAACAUCUCACCGAGUGGAACUUCAGAGUCGUAAACAACAAACAAACAAAACCUUUGAAGUUGAAAACUUCCAGGGUCAGCACUAUUUUACACUACUCCUGGCCAAAUGUUCACAUUACAAUACAAUACUGGGGGGGGAAAUAAAUGACAUUUUUGUAUAGGUACUACACUUUUUUUAAAAGCCUUCUUGGUCAUGGCUUAGCUUGCUAGCAGCUUGUAUUCCAUAUAAUGGUGUACCUUGCUUUGUUCAUAAAUACGAACUGGUGUUGACAACCCUUCCAAGCCAAUGAGAUAUUUUUUUGUAUUGACGCAUUUAACAAUCUGUAAUGUUUACCACCUUUCAUUUCAUUUCUGUACAUUUGUGUUUUGUUUCUGUUGUGCUUUCAGAUAAGUGCAAUAAACUAGCAUUUUCUAAAAAGGAAACAAAAAA